UCGAACAUCUAAACAGGAAAACGGUCAACCAUUGCGAAAGAGUAAUAACAUUUCGAAAGGUAGUUUUCUUCAGCAAAGAUGGGGUUCGAGACAUGUGGUCCGAACGAAGUAAUGGUGGUUUCAGGAUGCUGUCACUCGGGGUCCACAUUUAUUCCUGGUGGCCGUGUGUUUGUUUGGCCUCUCAUUCAGAAACUGCAGAGGCUCUCUCUGAACACAAUGACCCUACAGAUUGACAGUCCUAAUGUCUACACACAGCUGGGCGUGGCAAUAUCUGUCACAGGAAUCGCUCAGGUAAAAAUCCAGGGAUCAUCUAAGGAGAUGAUGGAAUCUGCGUGUGAGCUGUUUUUGGGUAAAUCAGAGCGUGACAUUGAGAGGGUGGCCUUGGAGACCCUUGAAGGUCAUCAGAGAGCCAUCAUGGGAAAUAUGACAGUAGAGGAAAUUUACAAAGAUCGUAAGAAGUUCUCUAAGGCUGUGUUUGAAGUGGCCUCCUCUGAUCUGGUCAACAUGGGCAUCUGUGUGGUCAGUUACACCCUCAAGGACAUCCGAGACGACAGGAAUGAGCCAGAAACAGGUUACCUGAAGUACCUUGGUAUGGCUCAGACAGCUACAGUCAAGAGGGACGCAAGAAUGGGGGAGGCUGAGGCUCGCAUGGAGGCCGGAAUCAGGGAAGCUAAUGCUGAGGAGAAGAGAAUGGCUGCCAGGUACACAACAGAUAUUGACAUUGCUAAGUCACAGAGAGAUUUCGAGUUGAAGAAUGCUGCCUACGACAUGGAGAUUCAGACCAAGAAAGCCCAGUCUGACUUAGCCUACGAACUACAGGCUGCCAAGACCAAACAAGCAAUCAAAGAAGAAGACAUGCAGGUCAAGGUCAUUGAAAGGACUCAACAGAUUCAGCUCCAGGAACAAGAAAUCACCCGCCGCGAAAGAGAGCUGGAGGCCACAGUCCGCAAACCUGCUGAUGCUGAGAAGUACAGGCUUGAGAAACUUGCCGAGGCCAACAGAACACGAGUAAUCUUAGAAGCCGAGGCUGAAGCAGAAGCCAUUAAGGUGAAGGGUGAAGCUGAGGCCUUUGCUGUGGAGGCUAAGGCCAAGGCUGAGGCAGAACAGAUGGCUAAGAAGGCCGACGCCUGGAAGGAUUACCAGGACGCUGCUAUGGUUGACAUGAUCCUGGAAACUCUACCAAAGGUGGCUGCUGAAAUCUCGGCCCCUCUGUGCAGUGCUAAGAAGAUCACCAUGGUGUCCAGCGGUAAGGGAGAAGUGGGAGCUGCCAAACUGUCCGGGGAGGUGCUGACCCUGAUGGAGAAGAUGCCACACGUGGUGGAGAAUCUGACCGGAAUCAACAUCACCAAGAACAUCAAGGCUGCAACCAGAAGAUAAACAGUUCCACAGAGUCGUCGGCCAUCGUUAUUAUCCUCCGUAUGGGCAUGUCACUGUAGACUGUGUAUUGUUAGACAAGUUAUCUCCCUUGAACAAGUCAUCAACUUUAGAAGUUACAGUACAUUAUUCAUAUCAAAUAUUUACAUGCUUAUUUACAUCAUUAAUCUGAUACUCCAGGGACUAUGAUUUUCCAUCUACAAUUGUUCUGGUUUUCGUCAGGCUGUAUUUGAGUUAUUGGCAGCUUAUGUAUAUUUAUUAUCUGUACUUUAUAUUUUGUAUUUGUUAAGUUUGCAUAAUGCAGUGUAUAUCCAACAUCAACCAGCACUUAAGAAGUCAUCUAGUCAUAUGACCAGUUCAAAGGUGUGUGUGCUGAGAAAUAAAACAUUGGCAAAUUGUUACGCACUGUCUGUCCCCUAGGUUCAGAUUAUACUGUAGAUUUUUUUUAGCAAUUUUUAUCCCAAUUUUUUUAACUUCUAUUUGAAUUGCAAGUAUUUGAACAAUUUUUGCCUUUUCUUUUACCUUUUUAAAACCACCAGUUUCUGUAACUACAGACCAUUUUAAUAUCUCGCAUCAUCCUUACAAUCAUUAGUUAUUACUUUGAUGUUGUAAUCCUCAGGUUUGGGGUGUUGCAGUCAUGGUUAACAUUAUACACUGAGCUGUUAACCUGUAGAGCUACUGUCUUAGCAGAGACAUCAUUUCUCAGUGUAUUUGUGAAUAAAGGUUGGACUUUGCCAUGCUAUUUUAAUGCUCAAUAUAAUGAAUUUGGAUAGGACUAGAUACCAAAGAAAGAAACCUGGUUUGUUUUAAACAGUUGUAUUUUUAAUACAUAAAUGAUUUUCUCAAACACUAAGUGUACAAUCAAAAGUUUUAUCAUGAUUGUAUUUGUGAUUUUUUUUAAAUAGAUAAAACAUUGUAAAUUCCAUUUUUUAUACUAGUUUUUUAAAGUUGGUCAGAAUUUGUGUGACGGGGUACUGAGAGUUUUAUCAGACCUUGAAGCUGCUUGACUGAUUGUCUUUAACGACAGAGUUAUCAUGCAUAGGGGAUGCCGUAUUCCCAGUUCCAGAAAUCCUCAAAAUAAUGGAUGCUUACGUGCAUUAAUCCAAUAAUGCAGACUUAUACAGGUACAUAGCUAAAUUUAUAACAUUGUUAAUAUGUAUAAAAUUAUGUAUGUCUUUGUACAUUGCAAUAAUUGUCAUUAAUAAAUACCUACAUAUACAUA